UUCCCGCGCUGCCUGGGCUGCAAACACCCGACCCCGCGCCGCGAAGGCGCCGCCGCAUCCUGGCACCAAGCCGGGGCAGCGGGGAGGAGCAGAGAAAGCUCCGAGGGCUGAGGGAAGCGUGGAAAGGGCGCGGCCCCAUGGAGAUCCCGGCUCGCUCCAGACGUUCGCCCGGGGGCGGAGGGGAGGGGCCCACCGCGGCCUUAUUUCAGCGAGCGCGGGCAGCGCCGGCUCCGAGCCCGGUCUGUCGGGUGCCGAGCCAACUUUCCCGCGUCCAUGCAGCCCCGCCGGCCACCGCUGCCCGCUCCCGGGUCCAGGCCCUGGGGCCCGCGCCCCGCCGCCCCGCUGAUUGCGCUGCUGCUGUUGCUCUCCCCGGUGGUGGCGGCAGCGGAGUCCGAGAGCCCGCAGGACCCUGGGCAGCCCCAGGACGCGGGACUCCAGCGCAGGCUCCUGCAGCAGGCGGCGCGCGCGGCGCUGCACUUCUUCAACUUCCGGGCGGCCUCGCCCAGCGCGCUGCGAGUGCUGGCCCAGGUGCAGAACGGCCGAGCGUGGAUUAAUCCAAAAGAGGGGUGUAAAGUUGAUGUGGUCUUCAGCACAGAGCGCUACAACCCAGAGGAAGGUGAGGGACAUUUGGGGAAAUGUUCUGCUCGAGUGUUUUUCAAGAAUCAGAAACCCCGACCAGCCAUCAAUGUAACUUGUACACGGUUCAUCGAGAAAAAGAAAAGACAACAAGAGGAUUACCUGCUUUACAAGCAAAUGAAGCAACUGCAAAACCCCUUGGAGAUAGACAGCAUACCUGAUAAUCAUGGACAUAUUGAUGCCUCUCUGAGACCCAUCUGGGAUUUGGCUUUCCUUGGAAGCUCUUAUGUGAUGUGGGAAAUGACAACCCAGUUUUCACGCUACUACUUGGCACAGCUCACUAGUGUGAGGCAGUGGAAAACUAACGAUGAUACAAUUGAUUUUGAUUACACUGUUCUACUUCAUGAAUUAUCAACACAGGAAAUAAUUCCCUGUCGUAUUCACUUGGUCUGGUACCCUGGCAAACCACUUAAAGUGAAGUACCACUGUCAAGAGCUACAGACACCAGAAGAAGCCUCUGGAACUGAAGAAGGAUCAGCUGUAGCACCAACAGAACUUAGUAAUUUCUAAAAAGAAAAAAUGAUAUUUUUCCAGCUUCUAAACACGUGACUGUACUAGCAUUUUUCUGGUAAAAUAGCUAAGGUAUAGAUAUUCUAAUAAUUUGGGAAAGCCUAUGAUUACAAGUAAAAACUCAAAUUCAAAGAUGCUGGUUUUUUGUUUGUUUCUCAAUUGGUCUGCUUUCGCUUUUAAUUCUGGAAGCACAUGGACCUGAACUCCGCUCCGUGCUAAACAGUCACCAGCAGGUUCCUCAGGGUUUCAGCCCUAAAACGUAAAGCCUGGAUAAUUAGUGUAUGCUGCAACAAGAUCAGCAUUUUUAAAAAACUGCAAAAAAUGAUGGUCCCAUCUCUGAAUCUGCAUUUCUCAUUCUUUUUAACAUACUAUAGCUAAUAUAUUUUAUGUUGCUAAAUUGCUUCUAUCUAGUAUGUAAACAAAGAUAACAUUUUCAAUGAAAGUAAAUUAUAGGGAAAAAAUUAACUGUUUAAAAGAAACUGUAUUAUAUUUUAUGAUUUCAGGCAAGUAUUCCUUUUUAACUUGCUAUCUACUUUUAAAUACAUAUUUACAUUUCUAAAUACUGAAAUGUGUUAAAUGCUCUUGUGGAGAUCUGUAUACAAAGGAAAGUCUUGUGCUAAACUGGAAUUAAAUGAAAUAGUAAUAUUGCUUAACUUAAAUUUUACAAAUAAUAGAAUGUCUCACCAGAUAAAGCUGUCUGCAAACAUCCAUCAGAAGAAAUACGGAUGUAACUGAAAGCAUAUUAAAUAUUUACAAUUUUCAUUUACAAAGACAACUUGGACCAAGUGUUGGCCUAAGUAAUUUAUAAAAGCAAACAUAGUAUGUACCAUAAUCCAAUUCAGUGGAGUAUCUUCUGAAGGCAGGAGGAAUUGAUCCAGGAAGCGUUGCCAUCAUUUGCCUCUCAAAAUUAGUAUCAUUUAAUGGAAUGCUUAUGUUGGUGUCUAAAAACCUUGAGCCAGGUUUGGUAGUCAAUAAUUGAUUAGGAAACAUCAACCUUAAAAUAUAUCAAAACAUUACUUUUAGAUCAUCAGAAAAGUUUAUUCUAAAGAGAAAAUUUUAAAGGCAUGAACCAUACAAAAUAAGCUGAUCUAGUUUAGUUUUUUUUCUACUUAAAGCCCUUUGCUUUGCAUUUAUCUUCCCCAAAUCCACUUGAUUUAAAUUUAAAAAAAAAAUUUUUUUUAAUUAAAAAAAAAAAAAAACAGGGCUGUUGGCUCAUGCCUGUAAUCUCAGCACUUUUGGGAGGCUGGAGAAUCACUUGAGCCCAGGAGUUCAUGACUAGCCUGGACAACACAGUGAGACCCCCUCUCUUUAAAAAACGUUUACUGAUUUAAAGACUUGUGGCUGGGCUCAUUCCUAUAAUCCCAGCAUUUUAGGAGGCCAAAGGUAAGAAGAUCACUUAAGCCCAGCCUGAGCAGCAUAGUGAAAUCCAGUCUUAAUUUUUAAAAAUACAUAUAAAAAAUAAAGAGUUGCAGUAUCUGGAAGCAUUGCAAACAAUCAUUUAAAGGAUACAUCAGCUCUCCCAUCUAUGAGAUAAUGAAGAGAUACUUUUUACAAAUUAUCAGAAUCCACAAUGAUUAAAUUGUGCCAAAAUCAAGUGAUAAAUUUCUAUCACUGAAGUUCCCCAAAUUAUCUUCAAAAAAAGUCCUAAGAGCAUUACAAUAGUACACUCAAUGUCCUGUGAUAUUUAAUAAAUCUUUUAGUGUCAUGUUAAGGACUAGAGAACGGCAUUUACUUGGUGUUUCAGCUUUCUAGAGUUGCAGCUUUCUCAAAGUCCUCAUCCCCAUAAAGGCGUUUUUCUUUUCUCCUUUUUUUUUCUGUUUGACCUUCAUUGAGUGGCUGUCUUCACAUUGGAAGCAAAUGAUUAUCUAUCCCAGGAUGUCCCACACCAGCUGGUUAUUUGUCACCCUAUGUUGCCCAGGCUAGUCUCAAACUUCUAGGCUCAAGGGAUCCUCCCACCUUGGCCUCCCAAAGUGUUGGAAUUACAGAUGUGAGCCACUAAAACACAUUUUUCAUUAGUGAGAUUAGGCUCACAAAUGUGACCGUAAUCCAACCAGGUAAUGAUUCUAAGGUAACCCUUUAGCAGAUUUAUUACAGUAUAAUAGAAUAUGAAGGAGAAUUCUAUACAUACAAAUAAUAUACAAACACAAUUACCUAAUUUAUAAAUUUACAAAACCCCCAAAAGUUAAACCAACUAAAAAUUUAUCAGUAUCACCGUUAGAACAUCUUACCUUUUUUUUUUUUUUUUUUUGUCACAGAGUCUCACUCUGUUGCCCAAGCUAGAGUAAUGGAGUGCAGUGGCAGUACCAUCUCAGCUCAGUGCAGCGUCUGCCUCCCAGGUUCAAGCAAUUCUCCUGCCUCAGCCUCCCGAGUAGCUGGGACUACGGAUGCAUGUCACCGAGCUCAGAUGAUUUUUGUAUUUCUAGUAGAGACAGGGUUUCACUGUGUGGGCCAGGGUGGUCUCAACUCCUGACCUCAGGUGAUCCACCCACCUCAGCCUCCCAAAGUACUGGGAUCACAGGUGUGAGCCACCAUGCCCAGCCUCAGAACAUCUUUUCUAGUUCAAACUCUAAAAUUGUUAAUAUUACUAACAGUGGUUCCACUAGCUAACAACCAAAAAAUCACUUGGCAUAAAAUGAAAAACUAAAUUCCCUAAGUCCUCUUUUCAAGAGUCUAAGUUAUUCUGCAUCACUGUUAGCUAAUGACAAUCACAAACAGCAUCACAUUCAUUUUCUUAAUCUCUAGAACUUCUAGAAUUUUAAGACAUGUAAAAUAAUACCAGGGAUUUGUCUACAUUCCAUUUUAUUUUAAUCAUAGUUUCAUUUUCUUCCUACCUGAAUUAUGAAUUUUUAGAAGUUAAAUAAUUUUGAAAAUCAGUUGGAAGCUUAUAUAUUUGUACUUGAAUGUUUAGUCAUUCAUGACAUAUUAGUUUAUUAUAUCAAUUUCUCUCAAAUUAGAAAAUUCUGACCUGUUUUGUGAUUUUUCCUAGUUUUCAAAAUACUAUAGUCACCUAACUUGCUGCCUAGGACUUAUUGGAAUCGAUAAAUGAAUGAACGCUCACAAUCAAUUUUCCUUGAAUACAAUUAACUUAUUUCAAUGAUGCACUACAAUGUUAUUUGAAGAUACUUUCAGUGGCAAUUAGAGCUCCAGUUCAACAAUUUACAGUUUUAGCACUGCAAAUAGCUAUCUUGUACAAAGGGACACAUUCCAACAUGUCACAAUUUACUCCUAUUGGGUUGGCUGUCAAUUUUGAGACUUAUCCAGAUUUCAAAAAUAUUAAGAUAUCAAAAAUCCUAAACUUCAGAGCUAACUAAAUGUUAGUGAUUUUACAACUACACAAUCUAAGAGUGAGCAGAGGAAAGAAAUAACAAAAAACAGAAACACUGACUUUUUUGUUUUUUAAGGUAAAAUUAUCAAGUCAGGUAUGGUGAUGUGUGCCUAGUGCCCCAGCUACUCUAGAGGCUGAGACCAGAGGAUUGCUUGAGCCCAUGAGUUUGCGAGCGGCCUGGGCAACAUAGCGAGACCCCAUCUCUUUAAGUUCAGGGGUACAUGUGCAGGCUUGUUACAUAGGUAACAAUGCCCCACAACAAUAUGUUGUGGGGUUUGCUGUACAGAUUAUUUCUUCAAUGAGGUAAAAGCCUAGUACCCAUCAGUUAUUUUUCCUGAUCCUCUCCCACCGCCCACCCUGCACCCUCCCAAUACGCCCCAGCCCCAGCAUGUGUUAAUCCUCUCUGUGUUCAUGUGUUCUCAUCAUUUAACUCCCACUUGUGAGAACAGGCAGUAUUUGGCUUUCUUUUCCUAUGUUAAUUUGAUGAGGAUAAUGGCUUCUAGUUCCAUCUAUGUCCCUGCAAAGGACUUGAUCUCAUUCUUCUUUAUGGCUACAUAGUAUUCCACAAUGUGUAUGUACCACAUUUCUUUAUCUAGUCUAUCAUUGAUGGGCAUUUAGGUUGAUUCCAUUUCUCUGCUAUUGUGAAUAAUUCUGCAAUGAAUGUGUGCAUGCGUCUUUAUAACAGAAUGAUUUACAUUCCUUUGAGUAUAUACCCAGUAAUGGUAUUGCUGAGUCAGAUGUUUCUUGUCUUAGAAGACCCCAUCUCUUAAAAAAAAGAAGUUGUCAAACAAACAAACACAUUCUAAUAUUACCCAAAAGAAUACAAUAUGACACUUCUGAAUUUCACAAAUUUUUCAUUUCGUGGCUUGGGCUUAAGUGUAGUGCAGGCAAUAUUUCAUUAGUCUUUAACUUUGUCUGCAUAUUAGAAUCACCCAAAAAACUUUUAUCUUGAUCCAGCCAAAUAAUCUAAAUUCCUGGGUGUGAGCCUAGGUAUUUCUUUUUAAGUCUCCCCCAGUGAUUUUUAAAGUGCAGUGAGGGUCAGGAAUCAGUACAAUACUGCCUAGUGCUGCUACUAUUCUCCAAUACAAGUAUGUAAUAUUCCAAUUAGCCAAAAUUAUCCUUCUUGAUAGCAGUAUAAACAACUUUCACUUAUGAAUAUUCUCAUUAAUUUUUUUCCAUGCUACAGACUUUGGUUAGUAUGUGAUCUUUACCAACUAUAACUAAUGAGUUAGAAAGAGAUGUGGGUUCUGAUCCUGAUCUGUCCUUAUGUGAUCCCAUUCUAGUUACUCUCAGCUGUGCCUGAGUCAUUGCAUAUGAGAUGCUGGUGUUGGAUUCAAUAAACUAAUGAGUUUGAAAGAGA